AUGAUUGCACUUCCAACGCAAAGGCAAAACAACUUUCUCGCUUUGCUUCCUUAUCUGUUCACAUUCAGAUGUUUGGCUCUUCCCUUGGAGGUUCCAGUGGUCUCUCGACAACACUUCUUGCUCGCUUCUUCAGCACCUUGGUUUCCUUCCAUCACCCGUUCAACUACAGGCACUAUCGAGCUUCCCCUGAUAUUUUUGCCCAACGGUGGCUGUCUUGCAGUCAAGAUUUCCUUCAAUGACAGGAAUAAUGAGCGACGCCUGCUUGUGUACUCGGCAAUUGUUGACACGGGGUCCCCCUUCCUGACAGCUCCCUCUGCGACCGAAAGAUACUCCCGUGACGCCUCUCGGAGAUAUCCUCCCACUCAGGAGCAGUAUGGAGAAGCUGUGGGUAGUAUGCAAUGGAGAUCUGCUUCCAAUGUGGAAUUCCCAACCCAAGACUUUGAACAUCCUCUACUCAUGGACAAAACGAUCUUCGGUAUUCCCAAUGCCAAUGUUGUGGAUGACACUGGAGGCAUUUUCUGUGGGCUCAUUCUGCAGGACGACAAGAGACCAACCGUGCUACAUCAGUGGGGAUAUUCUUCCUUUAUACUGGAUUAUUCCAACAAGAUACUGACGCUGUCUCAACAAAGUAUCAUUGAUCAACACGACGGUGAAGCACUUCAACUCUUUGACUUUGCUCCUUACGGAGAGAACAUUCACCACUAUGGUGUUUUAUGCCCUUCUUUUACCUUGGUGAUGCCACCAACGGCAAAUCAAAAGGAAACAGAAAUCACAGUUUCUACUUUGCAACGCCCUGUGGUGGUGGUCAUUGAUAGUGGCUUGACUGGAUGUGUCUUUUCAGACUCUUUGCAAAACGAGUUGCUUUUCAGUGGCAAACUGCAGUCCCUGGACGAUGUAUCAGGUCUUUCCGUCACUCUCCCCCAACAAUCAGGGACGCCACUGACUCUCUCUAGCAAUCAACAGUAUUGGUUUUUGACGUCGUUCAAGCUCCCUUGGUUCCAGGAUGAUGACAUACAUCCUCAUGUGAUUGCUCUGGGAGCUACGUUUCUUGCACCCAACUCUCGAGUGUCCAUAGACCCAUUGCUAAGAAGAGCCAAAAUUGAAGUGCAAAAGCUAUAGCGGUAGAAAUAGAGUGCUAGUGGCGUAUUCUUCAGAGAUCGCA